UCGCGUUGUGUUUAGUAUUGACACCUAGCGGCUGCGCACUCCUCGCAGAGGUCAUUGGGUGGAUUGCAAAACCCACUUAAAUAUCGGAUUGUGAGAGAGAAGUAGUGAAAAUUCAUACUGUUGGUACUGAUCAGGAAGGAGCGACGUAAACUCGAGUUGUUUGAGUGGAUGUAUUCAAUGGAAACAGAUACGGCACAAAGGAUACAUUGUCAUUAAAUUGCUUCCCUAGACUUUUCACGCUUUAAUGCCAGCUUCUUCUCUUCGCUAUACCGCACCGGUUUGGCGUCUCACUCAUUUGUCUAACCUUUUGAUCUUUCGCUGCGUUUUGUGGAGCAACAGUAGCUGUAGACAUUCAUGAUGAAGUUCAAGCCGAACCAGACGAGGACGUACGAUGGCGAAGGUUUCAAGAAGCGGGCGGCGUGCUUGUGUUUCAGGAACGAACGUGAAGACGAGGUGUUGUUGGUGAGCAGCAGUCGCCAUCCAGACCAGUGGAUCGUACCUGGUGGAGGGCUGGAGCCAGAGGAGGAGCCAUGUGGAGCAGCAGUGCGAGAGGUGUAUGAGGAAGCGGGGGUGAAAGGCAAGCUGGGCCGGCUGUUGGGAGUGUUUGAGCAAAACCAGGACAGGAAGCACCGUACGUAUGUGUUUGUCCUGACCGUGACUGAGACACUGGAGGACUGGGAGGACUCAGUCAACAUUGGUCGAAAGCGCGAGUGGUUCACUGUGGAGGAGGCCAUCAAGGUGCUGCAGUGUCACAAACCUGUCCAUGCAGAAUAUCUGAAGCGCCUGCGUCCAGCCUGCUCCCCCACCAAUGGUAACAGUCUGACCCCCUCACGACCAGACAACAAUUCCCCUCUGUAUGUCACCAUGCAGGGCUCCACGCCCCCCUCGUGCAGAUAGAACUGCUGUUGGGGGUGCUGGCACAAUGGAGAAACUCCAGCAAAACAAACUUAUGAAAACUCAGCUGAUCCAUUUGAACUGACGUUUGCAUGAAUUGCAGUACAGAGGCCAAUCUGUCUGCAGUUUGUAUCAUACAACCUAAACACAUCAAAGCAGGCAGGCACAGGCACAGGACGUGUAUCAGUAAGAUUUAGAUAAAUAAUGCCUUAAAUUACCUGUGUAAUUGUGAUCACCAUUGCAAAACACCUCAGUGGACUGGUGCAGGCUUUGUGCACUGUAUGGUCCCUUCAGCAUACUUGAAGUAAAUGUGUGCUUGCUGUGUUUGAGAUUGGACUGGGCUGACUUGUCCACCUGCGCAGUGGCCCUGCACCUCCUAAUGGAAUUACAUAUGGAUAAUCAUUUACUGAGGCAGAGUGAAGACCUUUUCCUUUGGGUGUUGGAGUCUGAAGACUCAGUGAUGUCUCUCACCUGUUCAUUCCUGAGUCCUGAGGAAUGCCCUUUGUGUUUGAGCCAUUUGGAAAGCGGUGCAGGUGUGAAGUGUGCUGGACAGCGGCCCUGGCCUAACAGCAACUGGACCCGGGCAUUGGCAAAAGCAGGCAAAUUGGCUCAAGAGACCUGGACACAAGUAACAGGAAAUGAGUGGUGGGAGAGAGGAAGACUACUGCAGUCUGUGGGAAGUGGACAUUUGUAACAAAGUGGAUUUCAAGACACAGUAAAAAGACAUUGGUGGCAUCAAAGGUUGUAUAGGAGCAAGAUCCACAAGUAGCCUUAUUUUCAGUGAAAAUGGCUGUGUGAGGCUGCAAAGAGACUGGACCUGCAGCAUGUGUGCAGAGAAACUCACAGGGUCGCUGAUGUUAGCAUGUGCAGAGGAAGUCAUCCUGCGAAAUAGUUACAGCUGAACAACUGGCAAGUUAAAAAUUUCCAUUUCCAUUAUAUGCAAGACACUUUCUGCCUCAUGGUACCCAUGAUGAAAAAAGUUCCAGGCCUUUUACCGUGAGAACAUAGUGGUGCUAUGGACAAACUUUGAUAGUCUUGAAAUGACCACAGUAGAGGGGGAUGUGUUUCUUUGUUUUAACCUCUUUAUAUGAAUCCACUCUGCAGAAAACCUGGUGGUGAGCUGCAGCUCUCACUUUCAGUUGUUUGGAAACAUGAUAGAAACAAACAGGAGGUGGACUGUGGAACACAGGAAGAAGACCGUGGCCCACAAGAAGAGGACAUUAGUAAUGGGAAGUGGCCUUGUGGCACAGCCUCCAGUUUACAUUUGGGUGUGAUGUAAUGCUACCUCUGACAACCAUUUGAAAUGUGUCUCACUACCACCUGAACACAAGUACACUGCAUAAGUAGCCUAUACUGAGACUGUAUGGUGGCUGGGUUGGAACUGUCCAGUGUGACUGGAAGAGAUGCCCCUGCCACACUCUACACUACACAUUACGCCCAUGCCACAUAUGACACACUACGUACCCUAUUGGAAAUGGCCAUCUGUUAUGCUGUACAUCAGUUGACCUGAGCAUGACAAGAGGUUUAUACUACCCCUCUCCACUGCUUCUUCUGUGAUCUUAUAUACCUACUCCCAUACCCUGUAGCCCUCCUCUAGAAUCCUGACCUCUUUCAGUAUCUUAUAGCCGUCCUCCACUAUCCUAUGUCUCUCUUUCAGAAUUCCAGUCUGACUUUCUGUUUCUACAUCAUGAGGUUCCAUGCCACUUUCCAUCUGCCAUCUAGUCCAGGACCCAGACUAGCAAACAGGAGUCUGCAUGUCUUUUCCUAGGUGGGCUACUGCUGUUAUGCCUUUGUGUUCACUUUGCUGUCUAUACAGACCAACUUAUAUUUUAACACUUACAAUGGUGAUUACUGGAUGCUGGUUUGGGUAGAAUACCUUGCGUCUGGAACCCUCUGGUCAUAGGCAAUGCUGCUUUACCAUGUGGCCAUACUCCCAGCUUUGGGCAAAGUAUUAUAUCUGAAUGACUGUAGGUGAACAUCCAGCCAAACUUACUCUGUUCCUGGUUUGUUGCAUGCAUGUCCACAUAGAAUAUAUUUCCAGGGGUGUUCUGCACUGUGCUAGAUAAUUAUGUAAUUGGAUUAAAUUUGAUUUACAUUCAUCAUGUUUUCACAGAAAGUAUCCUCUUAAUUGCAGAUAUGUUCUACCUAGAUGUAUGUGCUGAAUACAAAUUGGUAAUGUUUGGCUGUACCAAACCUUACUUCAGGUACACAC